AUAUUUCUUGUGAAGAACUGUACUGUUGUUAAAAAAUUCUGUCGUGGGGAUUGUUGCAUCCAAAUAUCGAAAGCAUCAAUUGGAUAGCCGGUGUCAGCUGUUGUCAUCACCAAGGGUGCUUUUUGUGCAAGUUGGGGAUCAAAACUAUGCCCACCGGCUCCACUUUGAGGACCUGAGAAUAAAGACACCCGCUAAGUCACAAUGGAUGCCAAAUUCAUCAAGCUGCUGCUACUAGGCGGAGCCGCCCGCUUUUACUUCUGUCGAACCUCAUUGGGAACCGUCAUAGGAAACCGGGUGGAGUUCGCGACGCCAUUGAACUCCCACAAGCGCAUGCAAGAGGGAAUCUUUCUGCUCCAAAAUGGCAUCGAUCCGUACCAGGGCGAUGUAGUUCACGAGACGCCCCUAAUCCUGAGCGCCCUCUCUGGCUUAUUUCGAAACUUCCCACAGUUCUUACCAGUUUUCUAUAUUCUUUUGGACAUAUUCACCGCUGCCUUGUUGUACAUGAUGGCCCAGCGCUUUGUGCGGAAGAAGCAGGAUCAGCAGAAUGUUGAGACAAAGGAAUACGCCACAGAUACCACUGAGCUCCAGUUCAGCGGCAGCGACAAGAUGGACAUUCCCGAGUUGGUAAUCGUAGCAUAUCUGUUUAAUCCACUCACAGUGCUCAGUUGCGUCGGCAUGACUUCGACGGUGUUUAGCAACUUGUUUUUGGCCGCCUUCCUGUACUGCCUCACAAAAGGACUACUCCUUCCCUGCCUUUUAAUUCUCGCUUUCGAAACCGUUCGAAGUUUCUAUCCUGUCGUCCUACUGGCCCCACUGUUGCUCACUUUUUCGGGCCGUUCCAUCCGAAGUGGCUUCCUGAUAUCAUUGCUUUUCGCUGCCUGUUGCCUAGUCAUAUCAGUUGCGAACUUUUUUGUCCUCAAUAGCUGGAACUUCUUGGACGGCACCCUUGGAUUUAUCUUUUAUUUCCGUGACCUCCAGCCGAAUAUCGGAUUGUUCUGGUACUUCUUCACCGAAAUGUUUGAACACUUCCGCAUUAUGUUCCUAAUAACAUUCCAACUGAACGCCACUGUCCUGUAUCUGUUGCCGCUAAGUAUUAAGCUUCGUAGAGAACCCCUCCUGCUUGCCACCAUCCUGGUAGCACUUAUGGCCGUGUUUAGAGCCUAUCCCAGUUUGGGUGAUGUGGGCUUCUACUUGGCCUUGCUGCCGCUUUGGAAACGCUGCUGGAAAUUCAUGGCCCAUGGGUUUGUUGUCUUCACAUUCUUCAUCGUCACUCUGUCCAUGAUGGGUGUUCUGUGGCAUUUAUGGAUCUAUGCAGGCUCGGCAAAUGCGAAUUUCUAUUUUGGAGCCACUCUGGCGUUUUCGACAGGACAAAUAUUUCUAAUUACUGAUCUGCUGUUCGCUCAUGUUAAACGCGAUUUUUGCUUGUUUAAUGGUCAAAAGAUUCUUAUCGAUGGCGAAGAAGCGAAGAUAGUCCUGAAGUAGCCAACUGAAAAUGCUGUGAAACCAGAGGAAUACGCUUAUCGCUCCGACUAAUGAGAGUAAAGUCCAGGAACAAUGUACAGAUGCAGAAGGCACUGCUCCUUGGCCAUAAUACAAUAUCAAAGGAAAGCAGGCAGCCGGGCAUAUUCUUAGAAUAAGCAACUUUAAACGAUAUCAGAUUAAAACAAAACAUUUUAUUUAAUCUUAAA